AUGGAGAACCCGCACGAGGCUGAGCAGACGCGCUUGCUAGAGCGCAUCAUCAAGAACGUCGACAAAUGCAAUGAGGCUGUCCUCGAGAUGAACAACUGCGUCAAGGUGAGCUUUGUCCAAGCCUGUGAGCUAAUUGUCCAGGAGAUCCUCGAGUCUUCGCACGCAAUGGUCAUGUCUGCGCAGCUGUUCGAUAACUAUACAGACAGCGCUGCCAACUACAUGGAGAACCUCAAGAUGAUGCCGAAGCCGAAGUGA